AUGAUUGUGCAUUCAGGAGCGGCCCUUCAUGGGCAUGAAUUUUCAACACAACAGACAGAACAGCCUCAGCCAAGCCGCUUCUCGUUUCUGUCUGCUCUACGACCACUCUUUGACACCGAACCGACAACUCCCACAGAACCCACCUCACCAGUACCAGAACCCGAACCCGAAUCUGGCGACUCCGCCCCAGCUCGCUCAGCCUCUGUCUCUGAGACUGUUCGCAAUCCUCGUUCCUCUUUGGCGAGUCGACGCCGCACUACGUCUGACAUCGCCACCGUCCGGUUUCGUGAGCCUCAUUCCGAUAUUGUCGGCCAGUCCGACGUUCCUAGCGAGGAUGAAGAUUCCAUCUCUGGUUCCGAAGCAAGUGAGCGAACAGACUCUUCAAUUCGAAUCAAGAGGAAGAAGCGCGGACCACGCAAAUCCUCACGUUAUGCCCUGGCAUUUCCAGCUCCCGGCCUGCGCACCAAGCAGCGAGCCUUUUUUCAGAUCCGGCCACGAGUGUUGCUGCAACUUCAGAAGCUUGGGGAGAAGCGUGCCAUUCCGGCUUUUGACGUUGUUCCGUCAAGUCUCAUCGCCGGAAGUCUCAUUAUCCCAGCAUUGGUCAAGGCAUUCCCUCGUAUGUUCCAUGCCAAGCCUCACCUUGGCCAGAAUGACCUCCUGUUGGUCCGAAGGGACGAUUUUGCCCCCAAACACGGCAGUCAUGACCAUGACAACGCAUAUGAUAGUAGCAGCAGUCUUGAUCAUAAGGAUGUUCUUGCUGUUAUCUGCACAUCUGAGGACGACGACUAUGCCAAGAUUGUGCUCCAGGACGGAACAAGCUGGGUUACGAGUGCCAAGGCCAAUGGGUCAUAUGAGUUUAAUCAUAUCAACGACCAUGGGGAGGCUGUCAAGGCUCGAUGGAUCAAGAGACCCCUAUUUUCACCGAGGGCAAGUUGGGGAUCUGCCUAUACUGCCAGCACAACUCCCUCCUCACCAUCUACUCCCACGCCCCCAGAUGGCAAGUGGACAUUUAGCAUCUUAGAGCCAUCAACACGCAGACAUCCCAUACAAGGAAUCCUUGAUUCUGGUUGCUUGGAAAUUUACGACACAUACACUACCAUGUCCACAUCGAGUGGCAUCUACUCUCCUAUUACACCAGAUAUGAGUGGCAUCUCAGAAGAGGCAACUAGUAUUGCAGAAGAGCGACCGACGAUGGAAGUUUCCGAGUACAACAAGACCCUCAUGAUGGCCACCGCGACCUGGAUCAGCCUCCGCCAGAGGGGCUGGCCUGCAUCGGCAACGCCCAAGAUUCCCCGAGCCGUAUCCCAGCGCGUCAGCUCAGGGCGAGAGGCGAAUCCCCGAAUGUCAUUGGCUGAGGGGGGCAACUCACCCGAGGACUUGGCUGCCGCACGAAAUAUGACUUCUGGCAAGCUUCGACGGGCAAUGUCCUCGGGGAGUGAGUUUAUGAGGAAACGACGAGAGGCGGCGGCGGUAUCAGCUACGUCUAGUAUCGCGGAAAGGGAGUCGGAUGAAAAGCACGCGGACGAUCUCAAGAUCAGGGAACAGCCAGGGACAUGCCGAAUGCGUGUGAGGCGGCUAGCACAAAAGGUAUUUCACCACUCGAACAAUCAACGAGUUUCAUAG